CCGAACCCUACAAAAAAUGGGUUAUGUAACUACGUAAUUUUGAAAUUUAAGUCGGUUUAUUUUAGAUUAUAAAUUCCAAAUCCCACUCUGUUACAGCAAUCCCGAAUUCUCCGGUUAUAAAUACCCGUGCAACGCUCUCGAGCCUUCAUUAGACGUCUUUUUUCUUCCUCUCUCUUCUUAUUGUACUCCUCUUCCCUUUGAGAGAGAGAAAGCAAAAGGUUAAUCUGCCAUCAUGUUGGUUUAUCAAGAUCUCCUCACUGGUGAUGAGCUUCUCUCAGACUCAUUUCCCUACAAAGAAAUCGAGAAUGGAAUGCUUUGGGAAGUUCAAGGGAAGUGGGUUGUUCAAGGUGCCGUUGAUGUGAACAUUGGGGCAAAUCCUUCUGCUGAGGGUGGAGGUGAAGAUGAAGGCGUGGAUGAUCAAGCUGUCAAGGUUGUCGAUAUUGUUGACACUUUUAGACUUCAGGAGCAACCUGCUUUCGACAAGAAACAAUUUGUUGCCUUCAUUAAGAAAUACAUCAAGAACCUGACGCCCAAGCUAGAAGGAGAAGCACAAGAUGCAUUUAAAAAGAACAUUGAAUCAGCAACUAAGUUCCUUUUGCCAAAGCUCAAGGACUUUCAAUUCUUUGUUGGUGAGAGCAUGAGUGACGACAGUGCCCUGGUGUUUGCGUACUACAAAGAUGGUUCAGCUGAUCCUACCUUUUUGUACCUUGCACCUGGCUUGAAGGAGAUCAAGUGCUAGAUGUCUGGUGGAGUGCUUCUGCUAGAAGUUUUGCAUUGGAGUUUAUGUUUCAUGUAGUUUUAAUAUUUGGUCCUUUUUGCUUAUUUAUGUCUCUGUUUCUUCUAAACCUUGGGUACUUGUUGUAACCAGU